UCUGGCUGCCUUCACUCUACCAUGUGUGUGUGUGUGUGUGCUUUUAUGUAGUUUGCUAUGGACAAGUUGCAAUACAGGAGUAAAUAUAUAGGACUUUACCUGUCAGGUUGGUCUGCAGUACAUGUAUCGUGACCUGUCAGGGUUGAUAUCAUGCUGUAAGGCUUGUAUAUCUUCACAGAUGUCGAUCUAUAUAGAGCAGUGAAAUCGUAUCAAGGCUUGAUAACAGGAUUUAUAACAUGAAUUUGGGCUUGUGCUAGUGAUAGGCCUGGAUUUAUUCAGUGAUGUGUUUGUGUAGACUGUGUUACCUGUAACGGAUCUGUUGUUACCUGUAACGGAUCUGUUGUUACCUGUAACGGAUCUGUUGUUACCUGUAACGGAUUUGCUGUUACCUGCAACGGAUCUGUUGUUACAGACACCGUGAAGUGAAAUGAACAAGUUACAAAAUAUGAGUGCAUAAUUCAACAAGUCUGCAAAGAGGGUUACAAUAUCACUUUGAAUUUAGGUUCUACUUUUGGGACUGUGGGGCAUUGUGGUGUUCAACAGGUGAUAUUGAUGUUUACAAUAUCAAGAAAAAUGAAUAUCAAUGGUGACUGAUAACGCUAUUGAAAAACAGUGAAAGUGUGUUUGAUUUAUUCACGGCUGAUGUCUGAAAAUAUGAACACUUACACCUCAUUUGGGCUGAUUGGAAGUGAUUGAUACAUCAUCAGCUAUUGAGGCUGGCAGUCAUCGACAUUGCUGAACCAUUAACAUUGCUGAAACCUUGGAUUCUUGUCUGACAUUGAAUUCAGGUCAAGUGUACGUGUAUUAUUCGUCAUGGAUUAUUUAUGUGGGACCCGACAACGUCGACCUUCAGAUGAUAAUGUUGUUGGAGAGUGGUUUGUUCUAGGAUCCCUGGUUCCAAUGGACCGUCUGCUGGAAGAGCUGAGUAAAGGUCAGGUGUUGUCCAAGGUCAAGUCGCCCACCAAGCUGCUGCAGCGCAAGUUCUUCCUGGACCACCGGAACAUGAUUGUCCAUUAUGAGGGCUCACAGAAAAAACUGAGAGAGCCAAAGAAUGAAAUCCGGAUAUCGAAGAUUCGUGAGGUCCGAGAAGGAGAGAAAGACUACUCUAAGAAGCUCCAGGGACUUGAUAAAAGCCUGUGCCUGGCAGUGGUGAUGGGGGCCAAUCACAAGGUGGUGUACCUGAUGGCCCAGCGGCAAGAGAUCCGUGACAUGUGGCUGCGUGGUCUGCGCUACGCCAUUCAGAAGGACAAGCUGGCCGAGCAGCGCAACGAGACAGACAGAUGGGUGCGAGAAGCAUUCAACAUGGCCGACAGGAAUGGCGAUGGGGCUCUGGACUUUGAUGAAGUGAUGAAGCUUCUCAAGCAGCUUAACGCAGAUCUGAAGAAGGACUAUGUCAAGCAGAUGUUUGAUAAGGCGGACACAAACAAGAGCACGAAGAGCAAGGCUGUCCUGGACAGGAACGAGUUUGUCAACUUCUACCACGCCUUGACCCAGAGGCCGGAGCUGGAAGAGAUAUUUCUCCGAUACACACGAGGAAAGGCCUACCUAACAGUUCGAGAUCUGCUGUCAUUCAUCAGGGAGGCUCAGAGGAUGAUGGACGCAGAUGAAGAAACAUGUCGCUCUUUCAUACAGAUGCAUGAACCCCACUCUGUGCUGAAGCAGAGAGACCAAAUGUCCAUACAAGGUUUCCGGGUGUUCCUGUCCUCUGACAAGCAGCAGUUGUUCAACCCGGAACACAGCCGCGUGUACCAGGACAUGCUGCACCCCAUGACACACUACUUCAUCGCAUCAUCCCACAACACGUAUCUGUCGGAGGACCAACUGAAGGGGCCCAGCAAGGUGGAGGCGUACAUCGCUGCCCUCACCAAGGGCUGCCGCUGUGUGGAGUUGGACUGCUGGGAUGGGCCUGACGAUGAACCCAUCAUCUACCAUGGUUACACCCUCACCUCUAAGAUCCUCUUCCGUGACGUGAUCAUGGCUAUCAAAGACUACGCCUUCAAAGCCACUCCGUACCCCCUGACCCUGUCCCUAGAGAACCACUGCUCCAUCGACCAGCAGAAGGUGAUGGCCAAGCACCUGACUGAGAUUCUGGGCGACAUGUUGUGGUACCCUGAGGGAGAUCUCGACCACACACCCAACCCACACGAGCUGAAAAACAGGAUCCUCAUCAAGGGUAAGACAUUGGCACCAACUCCUCUAAAGGGGAAGAAGCUGCCCACAAUGACUCACGACAAUGAUGAUGUGAGUGAUGAGGAAGAUGGAGAGGGUGAUGUCAAUGAAAACACAGAGCAGGAGGAGCAGAAGAAGAGUAGCGGACACAAACACAUCAAGCUGUGCCAGGAGCUGUCUCGCAUCACCGGCAUGACCAGCAUCAGCUUCAAGGACCCCGAACAGGCGUCCACAUCAGGAGGGUUCUUGGCUAUCUAUUCCCUUGGAGAGAACAAGAUUGAGAAACUUCUCCAGACUGUAGCAACGGGCAUCAAUCAGGUGUCACAGUACAAGCUGCUGCGGAUCUACCCUGCCGGGACCCGCACAGACUCCUCCAACUACAACCCUGUGCCCAUGUGGAACCAUGGCUGCCAAGUUGUGGCCUUGAACUAUCAGACAGGAAGUGAACCUAUGCAGUUGAAUCAUGGGAGGUUUAUGGAUAAUGGCAACAGUGGAUAUAUCCUGAAACCUAAUUUCUUACUCUCAGAGGAGAUGUUUGGUAUUGUCAAUGGCACUGUCACAAGGAGCAAUAUGUCCAAAGUCCUCAAAAUACUGAUCAUCAGUGGCUAUCAGAUUCCAAAGCCCAAAGAUUCUGAGAAAGGGGAGAUAAUUGAUCCGUUUGUGAAGAUUGAACUACAUGGAGUUCACUCUGAUUUGAAGGAAUACCGGACCAAGACGAUUAAUAACAAUGGUUUCAAUCCUCGCUGGCACGAGGCCUUCACCUUCAACAUCCGAGUGCCGGAGCUGGCCAUGCUCCGGUUUGUUGUGAAGGAUGAGGAUCGGGGCAAAGACGAUUUCAUUGGCUACUACUCGCUCCCCUUCACAAGUCUGCAGGAAGGUUACCGUCACUUUCCCUUGUUUGACAAACAUGGCGACCAGUUCUCCCAGACAGUCAUCCUGGCACACAUCUCCAUCACCAAUGCCCAGAAUCCUUGAAUGUACAUGUGUUGCAAGGAACUGUAUUCCAUGGCAGACAACCAACAAAGGGAAGCAACUCCUGAUGGCAUACAAGCUGGCAGUGUAACCAAUCACAGGAGUGGGACGUUACGAUAAGGAUGAAUGUGGUUAUCAGCGCCUCUACCCUGGGUGUAGGCUAUACCCACCAGCUAGUUAAUACCACUUGAGUUAUGAUGCUGCACAUGUAGAAAGUGAUUUGAAUAUACUUGUAAAUAACUUCACUUAUACAUGCAAUUAAAAUGUUUAUUAAUUUGUUAACAUGUAUUUGUUGGAGUUCAGGGUCCCGUUCCACAAACGAUCUUAGCGCUAUGACUGUCAUAACUCUAUGUUAAAGUAGGGAGAUAUGAUUGUCAGAGCUUAAAGGGCAAGUUCACACGGAAAUGAACCUAAUUUUCUUGUAC